GGAACCUCGACUACGACCAGUUUCGCCGCAUUUGGCUUUGGUGGAGAGACGGUCACAUCCGGCAGAUCCCCUGCAUCGAACAAUGCUCUAAUAGGCUACUCCCCUUCACGAGGUGUCAUCCCCGGUCGAGGUCAAUGGCCUCUCUACCCAAUGUGCGAUGUCAUCGUCCCUCAUACACGGUCGAUGAGAGACUUGUUUGAGGUUCUCAACGUCAUCGUGGCUGACGAUAAGAAUGCCGUACCAGGCCUGGACUUCUGGCGUAAUCAGCCCUUUACUCCGGUUCCCAAAUGUUCCGAGGUGCGCCCUACCAACUACCACAGCCUUGAGGAUCGCACCUCUCUGCAAGGGAAGCGCAUCGCAGUUCCUAAGUGUUAUCUUGGCGUUCAGGGAGCGCAGCCAGCUACAGUUUGCACAGACUCGGUGCUGGAACUCUGGAACCAAGCCCGGGUCGACCUCGAAUCCCUCGGAGCGACUGUGGUAGAAACAGAUUUCCCCCUCAUGGAGCAGUAUGCGAAAAAGGACUUCCCUGGACAGAGCUCCAAUGUGCCUGGCAUAUCCAGUGAAUGGGUCAGCUUGGAACGCUGCGAGAUGAUCGCCUUGGCCUGGGACGACUUCCUACGUGCUAACGGUGACGAACAAUACCCCAACUUGCUCGCUGCCGACCCAGACCGAAUCCACCCUCUGGUCGCUCCAAUGGACGAUCCAUCACUACAUUCCGAGGCCCAGAACCAAGUCCGGUAUUCGGACAUGUUUGAGGCUGUGCGACUCCGCAAAAACGACAUAUACACUCUCCCCGGAUGUGAGCAGGCGGUUAACGCCCUCGAAGAUAUGCGAAAACAGCUCUACGAGGAUUGGAUGGACAACAACGGUUUUGACAUGAUGGUGUUUCCUACAAACGGAGAUGUUCCCUAUGCUGACGCCGAUGAGAACCGCGAGUCGAUGCUUCACGCCCUCCAGGAAGGAAUCAAGUAUUCCAACGGCGGUCGAGCACUCAAGCACCUUGGCGUUCCUUGCAUAACUGUUCCAAUGGGUACCAUGAAGGACAAAAAGAUUCCAGUUGGGCUCAACUUCUGCUCCAAAGCCUGGGAAGACGAGAACUUGCUCCGGUGGGCCUUUGCGUACGAAGCAGGCUCGCAGAAACGAACGAUACCCCCGCUCACUCCGGCCCUACCCUCCGAUCAAAUCCUCUUCACCGAUCCUCAACCAUUCGCCUCAAGAAAAUCCGCCCCAUUCCUAGAGAUUGAGAACAACAGCUAUGAAAGAGAGCAGUCCGCCGAUGACGAAAUCCGCAUCGUAUCAGCGUCGGGCAGCGUGGGAGUUGCCGAUUCGGCAAUCCAACUGACUACCGUCAUAGCUUUUGUGAAUGGUGAUCCAUUUGAGGGUAUUACGGUGAAGGAUGGCAAAUGGUCAUUCCAGGGCCGCCUACAGCGACCGAAAAGGAUGGAAAGGUUUCCCACAUUGACCACAGUACCAAAGGAUCAGUUUAUGGUGGUUAUUGUAGCAAAGGCCUCCAAUGGGAGGUCUGCGGCCAAGCUGUUGAUGAUUGACUAGAGCUGGAUGCGUCCUUGGCAAUGCGAGAUACGUUGAGAAUUAUAAAC